CUCCUCCCCAUCUCUCCUCUCCUCCUCAGGCUGCAGGAUGGACGUCGUGAAUCAGCUGAUGGCCCAGGGCCAGUUCAGGAUCCUGAAGGUUCCUCUGGGCUUCAUCAAGGUCCUGGAAUGGUUCUUCGCCAUCUUCGCCUUCUCCACCUGCGGCAGUUAUUCUGGGAUGUUCAAGGUGUCGGUGGACUGCAAGAACCUGACAGAGAGCAACCUGGGAGUAAAGGUUGAGUUUGAGUAUCCAUUCAGGCUCCAUCAGGUCUACUUUACGCCCCCCACCUGCACGGGGGGGACGGAGCAGGUCUUCCUGGUCGGCGACUACUCUUCCUCGGCUGAGUUCUUUGUCACCAUCGGGGUCUUCGCCUUCCUCUACUCCACAGCGGCACUCAGCAUCUACCUCUUCUUCUACGAGAAGUACAAGGAGAACAACAAGGGCCCGCUGAUCGACCUGGGGGUGACGGCAGCCUUCGCCUUCAUGUGGCUGGUGAGUUCGGCAGCCUGGGCCAAAGGUCUGUCGGACGUGAAGACGGCGACCGACCCGGACGACGUCAUCACCAUGAUCGCAGCCUGUAAGGAGAAAGCCAACACCUGCCGCGAGGUCCACGACCCGGUCAUGUCCGGACUCAACACCUCUGUGGCGUUUGGCUUCAUUAAUCUGGUCCUGUGGGCCGGAAACAUCUGGUUCGUCUUCAAGGAAACGGGGAUCAUCGCUCCUUUCAUGCGCGCUCCCCCUCCUCCGGAGAAACCUGCUCCGGAUGCCUACGGCCAGCAGGGGGCGUACGAACCAGACCCAUAUGCCAGCAACCAGGGAGGCUACCAACCUGAAUAUAACCAGCAGGGGUACAACCAGGAGGCAGACUAUGGUCAAGGCAUGGGCCAGCAGGGGGCGCCCACCUCCUUCUCCAAUCAGAUGUGAGGCGAUAGGACGCUGGAAGCGGCGGAGUGAACCAGCAGUGGGUCGCCUGCAACCUACCCACAGUGCAACACUCCUGUCUGCCUGCAGCAGCGCCGUUCCUGGGUGGGGUGGGUGGGCGGGGUUUAUGGGAUGAUGUUUACUGCAGUGAAUCAGUGUGUCUAAAUGAGAAACCCGCAGCAUGAAGAAGCCGUGCUGAGUAGAACCAAUGUUGAUCAGAGUUCUCUGUGUUCGGGUCUGUUUCUGUGGACAGAAUGUAUGUUGUGUUGUAUAGCUAUCUACUUCAGCAGAUCUAUAAUAGAGACUCAAUCCUUUCCUCUCCUUCCCUAUUGGACCCCAGGAUUGGUGUUGUCCUAAGCCCCGCCCCUAAAACCAGAUUCUCAGCUGCCGACCAUGAUGCUGUUCAGACUGAGUUCAAUAAUCUGAUUCAAAAUAAACCCAACCAAUAAAAACACCAUGAGCCGCUUCUCCACCUGCUGCGCCUCCCAGCUGUUUAUCUUUCAGCAUGUAAAUAACCACACAGGAAGUGAUGUCAUUCUGGACUUAUAACGAGCACAGUCUGAACACCGUCAUGUUGGCCCUUCAUAGAAACAAGAUACGAAUAGCUUCCUUCCAUUGUGAUCAAUUCAUGCAACAUUUCCGCUGGAUAAAUGUCCAACUGAAGGACCAGGCAUCAAUCUGAAGGUCCAACGUCCAAAUGUCUGAAUGAAGGUCCAACGUCUGAAUGAAGGUCCAAACGUCUGAAUGAAGGUCCAAAUGUCUGAAUGAAGGUCCAAAUGUCUGAAUGAAGGUCCAAAUGUCUGAAUGAAGGUCUAAAUGUCUGAAUGAAGGUCCAACGUCUGGAUGAAGGUCCAACGUCCAAAUGUCUGAAUGAAGGUCCAAACGUCUGAAUGAAGGUCUAAACGUCUGAAUGAAGGUCCAACGUCUGAAUGAAGGUCUAAAUGUCUGAAUGAAGGUCCAACGUCUGAAUGAAGGUCCAAACGUCUGAAUGAAGGUCCAAAUGUCUGAAUGAAGGUCCAACGUCUGAAUGAAGGUCCAACGUCUGAAUGAAGGUCCAACGUCUGGAUGAAGGUCCAAUGUCUGGAUGAAGGUCCAAUGUCUGGAUGAAGGUCCAAUGUCUGGAUAAGGGCCCAAAUGUCCAUCUAAAGGUCUAAACAUUUUUCUGAAGGUCCAAAUAAAGGUCUAGGUGUUUCAAUGAAAGUCCAAAUCUUUUUCUUAAAGGUCAUAACGUCCAAAUGAGGAUCUUGAUGUCAAAAUGUAAGUUAAAAUUCAUUGAAAGGUCAAAAUACCCACAUGAAGAUCUGGAGAUCUAGUUCUUCUUCUCGGGUUUUAUUUUUGGGUGGCUGAAGAUCUAGCUCCUUGUGAUGUGUUUUUUGUUUUUUUUAUGAUUCGAAAACUGAUGCUCAGUAUGACUACUUCCUGUUUCCUGUACAGGUGUGUGAGGUCAUUUCCUGUUGAUGCCUUUCACACAGUUUUCUCCUCUUCCUCACCUGCUAUGCAGCAUUAUAUGUUCUUUCAUCUUCCUCCACCACUCUUCAUCCUUUUGUCUCUUCCUCAGUUGCUCUUCAUUUCUCUCCUCUUGGACUUGGUGAUGUAAGUUCCUGUGAGAUAUAUUCUGCCCCAAGCAUCUGUAACCAUGGUGAUGGUUUUGCAAGUGAUGGGGGUUUGUAUGACUUGUUGCCAUGGAGAUCCCCUCCCCGGUGUUUCUUCAGUAAAAAGAAUAAAAACAAUAAAUGAUAAUCUCAA